AUGGCAAGAGCGACGGCGCCGUCCCGUCGGCCACCGAGCGCCAUGUCUGCUGCUGCUGCGGCGGCGGCGGCGUCUCCACCGCCCGCAGCAGCAGCGUCGCUCGUCCCCCAGCGCCGCGGGGCCUUCUCGCGGUCUCAUCAUCAGCCUCACCACCACCGCCGCCGCCUCGCGAUGCCCGUGGUCGUCGCGCCGGGGCCGCCGAAGCGGGCGUCGUGCGCGUGCUCGCCCACCACACACCCGGGCUCCUACCGCUGCGCCCUGCACAGGGGCCAAGGACAAGCAGCCGCAGGCGGAGGCGGCGGGGCCGGGGCCCCGCUCCCGCUCCCGGCCUCCACGGCGCCGGUGUCCAGCAGGCUCAGCGCCCCGCGGCGCGCGUCGAUGGCCAACCCGCUGGUGCGCAUCGCGGCGGUGGAGGGCGGCGACCACAUCAGGCGCGCGCUGGCCGCGCUCGUCCGCCCGCCGCCCUCCCAGACGCGCCACCGCGCCGACGCCUUCCGCCCCACGCCCAGCCGCCUCUCCGCCAUGUCCUCGGCGUCGAGCUAA